UAAAUGGUCUCUUGCUGUUUUCUUCCACAGCUUAUUUGAAAAUGGGAGAUUUCUACUACUACGGUUACCAGAACCAGUCCAAAGACCUGGAGCUCUCGGUGCGGAUGUACGCGCAGGCUGCCCUGGAGGGAGACUCACAGGGGUUCUUUAAUUUGGCCCUUCUCAUAGAAGAGGGUAACUCCAUACCUUCGUACAUUCUGGAUCACCUGGAAAUCGAUCAAACUGUGCAUUCUAGCAAUACUUCACUUCUUCAGGAACUCUAUUACAGGUGCUGGAAUUAUAGUAACCAAGAAUCAAUUAGUCCAUGCUCCUUGGCAUUACUUUAUUUUCAUAUAAGAGUCUUUUGGAACAAUAUUUUGCAAUCUACUCUGAUAUACUUCAUGGGAACCUUUCUCUUAUCAAUUCUGGUUGCAUUUACAAUGCAAUAUUUUCAGUCUCUUUCUGCCAAUAAUUCUCUUGGAUCAAGAUCAGAACCGUCUUUAGAUGAGCCCUCAUCCACGGAGAAUAAUGAGGAUACCAGCAGAACAGAACAACAAGAAGAAUCUGCUUUUUCAAAUGGUCCAGCACAGCAAGAGUUAAACCCUCAGAAUCAGCUCGUUACCAGCUGA